AUGGAAUGUGACGAGGUGUGUGGCCACUACUCAAUCCUCCUUCCUCACGAGCAUUCUCAUAGGGUCUACGCGAAUUUGACCAACAGCGAUCCUCUCGGAGGCAUACCCAUCGGCUUCCCGUCCCCCGAGGACAAGAGGAUUAUCAUCGGCAAGGCUCAGGUCAAUGACGUCCAGCUCGGUGCCUCCUCAACAGAUCCCAGCAUGCGUGCUGUGGACUUCGUGUGGACUCCAGCAUGGAGCCAGGAGAUGGCAGCGCCCUACAGGUUCUGCUUCGAGGCAUCGGCCUUUGGGUUUCGAGCGGUUCAGUGCUACUCAGCCAUUGUCCAAAAGUGCAGCUACUGCGCGGAAGAGGGAGAUACCAUCCAGAAGCUCGCCAUUGCGCUCGACACCGACUGGCUGCACCUCUACACCCUCAAUCCCGUGGUCAAGAACCCGGACUACCUGCCGAGGGGUCAGCUGAUACACCUCGGUGUCCAGUACGAGGUUCAGCCGCCGUUUCCUCAUUACCGAGAAGCAGUUCCUCACCGUCAACCCUGA